CUCUUUGAACCCAAUCCCAACAAAUACAUCCGAACCCAAUCUUAGUUUCCUUCCGCCGCCUCCCACCUCCCUGGUUAAUGCCACGGUCUCUAGAACUGCCAUGGAAGGUUGCUUGAUGAGAUGCUCUCACGGUGGCACUCUCCUGAAAGCCCUCAAACCUCUCGUUGCGUCUUGUCCGCAGAAUGAGGCUCAGUGGGGAGCAAUGGCUAACAGGAAUCUGGAGAAGUUGGAGUCCAUUAACGCACAACUUCGGCUCCUGGUUUCGACUGUAAAAUUUGGUUUCGAUCGGUUUGAGACAUUCAUCUUGAUUUCGAUUGGAGCAAUCUGGGCAUGUGAAGAACAAGGAACAUAUGGAAGAAGAGAAAGUAGAGAGACGGGAGAGACAGAGUCAAAUAAAAAGGCUUGGCAAUGGAUGCUAGCAUUGAGUUCUAUGGUAAGAGAAAAGGUUGUGAAGGGACUACAGGACAUAGUGAUGGGGACAAGGCAAGUGAUUAAUCAUUUCUCUCUUAUCAAAACUUGAUAAGUAAAUGUGAUAUAGUACAACCUUUAUAUAAUCAUGUUGGAGUAAAAUAAUUGUAUAACUAUGGGAGCUAGAGGUUAUAACUAAAUACAUGUAUGGUUAAAAAAAAUCAAAAAAAGAAAAGAAAAGGAAAACCUGAUAUAAGUUCCUUUAUUUUUUUUUUUUUGAACCAAUAGUAGAAAUAGUUCAGUUUAUUAAAAUAAGUCU